AUGGCUGAACCGGGUGGUAACCAAGACUUGGAAGAGGCAGAUGGCGAGGGCGAUAGGACUCUGGGCGAUGUGGGCUGGUUCCCUUUUCGUGAAAAAACCUACCUGGUAGGCAUGUUGCUCAUGGGGCAUAUGCAUAACUUGAUGUCAGUGCAGGACUUUGACAAGGUUAGGACCCUAUGGAGGCAUUUUGGCACCACCAUCCCUCAUUGGACAACCCUUAGGAGGGCAAGGGCCACAAUCAGGAGCAUGUUGAACAUGAACAUGAUUUACAGGCUUAGCCUGUUUGAUAAUAAGUGUUAUUCAUUAAGUCUGCAACAGACCAUAGCCAUGGACAUGAGCAACCCUAUUGUCAACAAACACUUGGAUUUUUACCCUGAGGAUACUUAUGGUUUUAAUAUAUAUAAACUCAGCCAAAGCCUGAAAUGGCGGGAGGAUUUUCCAGCAGACCUGCGGGUGCAAAUGGUUGAAGUCCAGUCCAAACACUAUUACAUCUAUGAACCCAUCGAAUUGGAAGACAAAUUGAUAGUAAUCCCAGUCUACUUCUACAUGUUCCAAGGGGAACUUUACUCCAAAUGUGUCAAGCCAAAAACCCGGGUCACCAGGGAUAAGAACAAUCAGCCACACAAUUACCUGAUCAUUCCUCAAGAUUUACCAUUUGACUCCCCGGACCUUAUGGUGAUCCCAUGUUCCCGAUUUGCAAAGAUUUAUUCAGAAAUUUUCAUGUUGGGAGGUGUUCCCUGUUCCACUUGGUGUGAGAAUGCCAUCUGGGGUACUAAAAUGGGCAAAAGCAAGAAGAUUGAACUCCCAAACCCAUGGAGGGCUAAAGCCAAAGGCAGGAUCAUCAGACAUGUGCCAAUCACCUUGUAUGCGGAUGACACAUCCGGCAACCGCUCAAAACAGUGGAAUAAACAUAUCUCAUAUUAUUACACCCUUUCUGGCCUUCCUCCUAACAUGACUAAUCAACAAUAUAAUUGCCAUUUCUUGGCCACAUCAAACACUGCUGGUGCUUUAGAGCUGGCUGAUCAAAUUGUUGAUGAACUCAAUGUACUAGCGACCGAGGGUUUCAAUGCCUACGAUGCUGGGUUAAAAGAGGAUGUACUUGUAAUGACCAUGGUUCUAUGUUUCCUUGGGGAUUCUCCUAUGCAUGCAGAGAUUGCAAACACCCCAAUGCCCUCGGUCUCUUUAAACCCUUGCAGGAUGUGUGAUCUGUCUGCCCCUUGUAAGGAUUCAAAGUCCACUCUUGAAUAUGUUAAUAAUUUUUUGGGAAAAGACCAUGAGGGCCGUAUGAUCCCAUUUAACCUACGUAAGUGGGAGGACACCAUCACAAACACGCAUGCCCUUUGGAAGAUAGGCAAAACUAGGUCCAAGAAGUUAUUUGACUCCCGCUCAAUUGAGUAUGGGGUACGAGACGGGAUCAAUCGGGCCUGUCUGAUGAUCAUUAAAGACCGCAAGGCAUCCAAAACCAAGAAGGAACAAAUCAACCAGAUGCAUAAGGAUAACUCUCCCAAAUUAUUCAGUCCAAUCCUCAGGCUCAAAGGCUUUGAUGGGUGCAAGGAUACCCCAGUGGAAAUAUUGCAUGUAGUCCUAUUGGGAGUGGUCAAAUACCUCCUCCGAGACUUCAUGAUGACCACUAUUAAGCCCAAGCACCUGCCCCAGUUGAUUGCCUCAUGGGAUUCUUUCAUAGUUCAACCAUUGGAAUUGGGACAAAUUCAAGGAAAGUAUUUUGUCAAACACUACAAGAGCCUGGUUGGGAAGCACUUCAGGAUAGUCAUGCAAAUGGCACCAUUUGUCUUAUUCCAAUUCAUGACAGAAGAGCAGAGGAGACUGUGGACCGCAUUGUGUCAACUAACCCCACUUGUGUUCCAAACAUCAAUCCCAGAUAUGGCCAAGUACCUCAACACCUUGAAAGACAGACUUGAUCUAUUCUUGUAUCUUUUGAUACAGAUGUCAGCCCAGUGGGUCAACAAGCCCAAAUUCCAUAUGUUGUUGCACCUACCCGACUCAAUCAAGAGAUUUGGCCCUGCAAGCCUGGUGGCCACGGAGAAAUUCGAAAGCUUCAAUGGGAUCUUACGAAACGCAUCAGUUCACUCAAACCGCCACUGUCCCGGAAGGGAUUUGGCCAUCAGCUUUGCUAAUUAUGAAUGCAUGCGGGCCUUGGGUUCGGGGGCAAAACUCUUCAAUCAUAUAGACAAUCGAUACUUUUAUGCUUCACCUCAGGUCACUAGCAUGUUCAGAGACCCCAUGAUUCAAAAGUCUAUGGGGUUCAAUGAUAGAUUGAUCAACACAAGUCCAACCAUUACAGCCACAUAUAUGUCUAAAAAAGCAGAGAAAACUGCUGCCUACUCAAUCCCCCCACAUCUCAAGGAAGCCUAUCCAAACAAGACAAUCAAGCCAGUUGAAAGUCUGAAACUUGACCCUCACAAAGUCCUCACAAGGAACACCUUUGUCCAGGUAAAGCAGGCCUAA